AUGACGAAAAAUGGGAAAUACGUCUAACUGCUGCAGAGAGGGCUUGGAGAUGAUCCCUUGAAAGCACUAGGAUGCCUGGCUGCUUUAAGAAGACAUUAUUUGCUUUGGCUUCUCUAAUAAGUUUUGUGUCUUUUAUCUUGAUUGUUGUUGCAAUGGGGAUCCCAAAGUGGAUGACUGGAAAGAUCCUUUGCAAAACAGGGGCUGAUUUGGUCAAUGCCACAGAUCCAGAGCUGGUCAAGUUCAUUGGAGAAAUUUAUUAUGGACUCUUUCGGGGCGGCAAAAUACGCCAAUGUGGCUUGGGCGGGCGGCGUUCCAAAUUCACAAUUUUUCCACACAUGGUGAAAAAGUUGAAUACAGGCCUGCAUGUGAUGAUCAUAAUGUUCCUCUGUGUGGCCAUUUUCUUUUCUCUGGUCAGUUUUGGAUUCUGCAUUCUUAACGCAAUAAAAGUUCCUUACCGGGCUAUUAACGGUCCAGCAGGAGCAUGCCUUUGGAACUUCCUUGCAGGUGGAUUUGUAGUACUUGCAGUCACCAGCUUCAUGGCUGCUGUGAAACUUCAUCACCUCACAGAAAGAAUUGCCAAUUUUCGGGAAAAUGUCUUUCGGUUUGUUAUCUUAGAAGAACGCUUUGAAGACUGUUUUUGGAUUUGUGUGGCAAGUGCCACAGCACAUGCAGUCAAUUUGCUCCUAAUAGCCAUUAGUGGGAUUCACUUCCCUAAAAUUAAGACUAAAACAGAAGAAGUGAAUGUUACAGCAGAAGAUAUCAUGUACUAA